ACUUUGUUUGCUGAAAACAUUUUGUGUUCGGAGCUGGGAAGAGAAUCCCAGGAUUGAAUAUGGCUCAGCCAUUUUUGUCACCAAUUUGUAAGGUGGGUCCUUACCCACUUGAUCUUAUUGCCACCGCCGCGUCCCUCCACUUCGGCCACCUUCUCCGCCACCGCGCCAUCCACCAUCUCCGCCUUGGGGUUCUUCUUCACUCCUGUUUCAAGAAACUAGCUCCUUUAAAUCACGUGUUUAGAUUGAAGGAUAAAUGGUGUAAAAAAUGCCUUCAACUCAAAGGAAUGAAUUAUCUUCAACUAUCAAAUGAUGAUUUGACUUCCACAUGUUCAACUAGUUUCUCUUUCUUUAAUGGGGGAGGAGGAGGACAUGGAGAUCGCUUUGGAAAUGCUGGGAUGUCUAACUCCAAGAUGUCCAACAAAAAUCCAUUUAAUGGAAGGAAAUGGACAAAUAUUCUCCUCGCUGCUAAUGUCCUAUUUUAUCUUGCACAACUUGCAACCCAAGGCAAGCUUUUAUUGUGGGGAGCAAAGAUAAACAGUCUCAUUGACAAAGGACAACUUUGGAGACUUGCCACGUCUUCCUUUUUGCAUGCAAACAUUGGACACCUUAUGGUAAAUUGUUAUUCCUUAAAUUCAAUUGGUCCCACUGUGGAGAGCCUCAGUGGUCCUCGGAGAUAUCUUGCAAUUUACUCUGUCUCUGCAAUUGCAAGUUCAGCUAUGAGUUAUUGGUUCUGCAGAAUGCCUGCAGUAGGUGCAUCAGGAGCAAUUUUUGGACUGGUUGGGUCAGUUGCAGUGUUUGUCUUGCGGCACAAGGACCUUGUAGGAGGUGGUAAAGAAGAUUUGCAGCAAAUAGCACGUAUAAUUGCUCUCAAUAUGGUUAUUGGGCUAUUGUCUAAUGGCAUUGACAAUUGGGGACAUUUAGGAGGCUUGAUUGGUGGGGUUGCUGCAUCAUGGCUUAUUGGACCGGCAUGGAAAUAUGAAUCUACAGCUAGGGACGGAAGAAAACUUUUCACUGACAGUGCACCAAUGUAUAACCUCUUCAAGUUUAGAAGAGUGCCUAAGCAAUGGAAAUAGAAACAUUUCAUUGGCGUAUUGGUUGGAAAAUAUAAUUAAAGGAACAAAUUUUUUGCCGUUGGUUAUUUUGUACCCUUGUAAGCUUCCCUUCAUAAAAUAUUUUAGACAGUGGAUUGUGGACUCUUGGUCCCUGACUCCAUUAAAUUAUCUUGUAUACUUUUAUAUUACAGAAAGGAU